UGCUCUUUACUCGGAAAUGAUGGAUUAAAGUGAUUCAAAAAUAAUAAAAUCUGUGAUUUAAAUGCAUAAAAGUUAAUUAUGAUUUCUAUUCUACCACCAGAGAUAAUAUCGAAAAUUUUUGAGCAUCUUAACCGCGGCGAACGCUUAACGGCUGCUGGUGUGUGUCGACAAUGGUACGAGCUAGCAUUUGGGUCAAAAUUCUGCCGUGAACUAUGUCUGCAACUGAACUCGAGUAAACCAGAAAUAACAGCCCUUCGGCAAAGUGCUUUAUGGAACCGUUGUCGAAAAGUAUCGAUCCGAUGUGAUGAACUGAACGAUGAUGCAAAAGCUUUUCUAAAGGAGUUUUUUGCAAGCGCGCCGCUCGAAUGGUGUCAUAUCGAUGGCAAUAGUGCACUGGUAAAAGAUUUGCUGGUACAUAGUAUGGCACAUUUGACACAUUUUAGUGUGUAUUUACAUCCUAGUGAGUUGCAUGGUGGCGAUAUAAAGCUCAACAUUAAUUUCGAUACGUUAAAGUGCCUAAAUCUUCGUGCCCCGCUGAACAAUGCUUUGACGCUGGACGUUAGCUGCCCAAACUUGAUUACCCUAAAUAUGGUAGUGCUUAAUGACGAAUGUAUUUCAAUUAUAACAAAGCUGCGCAAACAGUUGGAAGGUUUGGAGAUUUCGAUGACAUCGGCGGUAUCGCUUAGCAGAAUGGCAGUAGAACCAUUUGAAAGGUUGACAACGUUAGCUUUGUGGGUUACACCGCAGUACGAAGAGCUCAAGCAAGUUUUGGAACAAACACCUUUCCUCGAAGAUAUGUACUUGAAUGUAGGCUAUGCCGAUACUACCGUCGGAGACUGCUUUAAUAGGUUAAAAAAUCUAAAACGUUUAACGCUUGUGGGUAUAAAAAUCGAUACGAGUGCAUUUUUCGGAACAAUGCACAAAAUGAAACAACUCACGAAACUGUCACUUGAAAGAUGCAGCUUUAUCAGCGCACAAAACGAACCAAAACCGACGAUUGUAUCGGAAAGUGUAACAAAUUUUACGUUGAGUAACGAGAACGAAAAUUUCGUGUUACCAAAUUUUCCCAAUCUUGAGGAUCUUACAUUUCUGUACAGUUGUCAACCAGCGGUCGACGUUCUAGGCAUAAUUAGUCACCAGUAUAAGAAGCUAAAAAGGCUUAAUUUCGGUGGAAACCCAGGAAUAAUUAGCAUGUUUCACCAUCGUUCUUCGAUAGCGUACCUGAACAAAAUCCAACAUUUAAAUAACAUCCAGUUCAGCCGUUUAUCGCUGCAAGACUAUAACUGGGCCUCGUGUGGAGAUCUUCAGAUUCAGAAACUAAGACUGGUGGGAUGUAUGAUCGAUGGAACGGGAGCACAGCAGAUUGUGCAAACUUUUCCCGGACUUCGUGAACUAUUCAUCGACAACAGUUACCUUCGACAGCCCUCCGAGGUGUUCGACAUUGAUGAAAAUUGCUCCCGGGGAUUGCGCUCGUAUCUGCCCCAGUGUCGGGUGUCGUACUACGAUUGCCAUAUCGAAGCGCGUUACGAUACGUGUGCCGGUCGCAGGCCUCGGCCAGAGGAAGUUAAUGGUAAUGAGUGUUGAACUAGUACCUAUCAGGGAAGAUGUUCUCAUAGUAGAUGGAAUUAUAAAAAUUAAAUUGUUAUAUAGCGAUGUAUAGAAUCUGACAAAUUUAAUGAUUUUAGGAUGAUGAAUAAA